AUGGAGAAUGUCCAAGAACUAGCUUCUAAUUGGUCUAAAGAAAUCCCCCAUCGAUACAUCAGGCCUGAAAUAAUGCUUAAUGAAGUUUCUACGAACGAGGUAUCACAGAUUCCAGUGAUCGACAUGGGACAGCUUGCAGCUGAUCAUUCAGGAUACCAGAAUGAAAUGGCGACAAAAAGUCAAAAACCUGAAAAUUGUGUCAGAAAAAUUCGCCACAAUGCUAAUUUGCAAAUUUCUGAUGCUGUCAGAGUAACCAUGGAUGAAUACCCAUUUCAAAUGCACAAGGUUUGCAUGACCCUGUUUGGACUCAUGGGGGCGAAUCUUGGUGUAGACCCAGAAAAAUUAUGCAGCAUCUAUCAAGAUGGCGUACAAGGAAUAAGAAUGAAUUACUAUCCACCUUGGCAGCAAGCAGACAAAGUUAUUGGCCUGACUCCGCAGUCAGGAUGUCAUGCGAGGGAUGAUAAUGAAUCAAUAUCCGCCAUGCUCGCAAGGAGACAGGGUAACGUGUCUCAUCGCUCCACACUCUGA